AUGUUGAAGCGAUCAAAGGUCACUACAAAAAAAGGGUCAGCAGUUUCUUCUCAACCAGAAGGACCUAGAAGGAGAAGUGAGUUUGAUGAAAUGGUUGAUAAAUGCUUGAGUGCAACUUCGCCAGUCAGAUUCUUGAAGGCUAAAGAAAAGGCGAGGGAAGCUGAGGGAGAGAGAGAAAAUGGGACUAGCAUGGAUUUGAUCACUUUAGGUGUGGUUGAUGCUGAUAAAAUUUCGAAGUAUGAGCUGACUGUUGAGGAUGGGCGGAGGCUUGCAAAAGAUUAUAGUAGAAUUUUGAUGAGGAAGCACAGAGCAAGACAGGCAGCAGAGUAG